AUGUCCAUUGCCGGAGAUGUUGGACAUAUUGGAGCAGUGGAGCCUUUCUUUCAUGCCCAGCUUCCCAGUCGAGGUGCAGCAUCCUCGCAGGAGUGGGAAAGGCCAGCGAAGAAAGACUGGAAUAGGCCUGUGCGGCCUGGAUCUUUAGAAGCGCGCUUGGUUGUGAAGCAGGGGGCUGGCGUCUCGCUAUUGUGGUGCACAGGGGAAGGCUAUCGUGUUCAAGAGAUAGAGGAGUUUCCAGGUCAGCCAGAAUUGCGCGUGGGUGAUAUCAUCCGCACCAUAGGUGGUUGGACACUGACAGAUGCUGGCAGUGUAGAAGAAGCAGAGCGCCGCUUCGCCGCGUCGUUCCGAGACAGUGCUCUCUUGGAGGCUGCGAAUGGUGAAUGGCUGGAAGAUUUCGCUGCGAUGUAA